AUGGCCUCACUUCCACAAGAUCCAGAACCGGAACACAGACCCGAUCGUUCUGGUAAGCGACUUCGCUCUGAAAAGAGUGGACGAGAAGGAAGGAAACCACGCGCGUCGAAACGAGAGCGAGAGCGAGAUGCUGGACGUGGUCAAUACUUCAGAGAGCGUACUGACAGGCGUCAGCGUAACGAUGAAGAGCAGGCGAAGCAGCGCGCUCGCGCUGAGGCUGGACUAAAUAUCAAUCCCAUGCUUCCAGGGCCCUUCUCCGCCGAAGAGAUCGCUGCUGAGGAACGAAAGCCGAAGCGUAAAGUUGCGGUUCUGGUCGGAUAUUCCGGUACAGGGUAUAGAGGAAUGCAAAUAUCUCACAGCGAACGCACUAUCGAAGGCGAUUUAUUUACGGCAUUCGUCGAAGCAGGCGCUGUAUCCAAAGCCAAUGCUACUGAUCCGAAAAAGGUGGCACUUGUACGCUGUGCGAGAACGGACAAAGGUGUUCACGCCGCAGGCAAUGUCAUAUCACUCAAUAUGAUAAUUGAGGAUCCGAACAUUGUUGAAAAGAUCAAUGAGAAACUGAACCCCCAAAUUCGAGUCUGGGGCUUUGAGCGCACGAUUUCAAGCUUCAGCUGCUAUACCUUAUGCGAUUCGAGGUGGUACGAGUAUCUGCUACCCACGCACGCCCUACUACCACCCCGACCCAGCAGCUUUCUUGGAAGGACAUUGGUGCAGAUAGCCAAAGAGGAGAAUGAUUUGGAAGGCUAUCAAGCCCGACAAGCUGAUUUGAAGGGCUUUUGGGAAGAUUUCGAGUCGACCACAAUCCGACCGAUGUUGGACGGCAUGGACGAAGAACUUCGCCCGAUGGUCGAGAAGGUGUUUUUCGAUGAAGAUAUCAUCUUUGACCUCGAUGAGAUCCAGAAGGGCCAUCUAAACAGGGCUUCAGGCGAAAAAAGCGACGUCCAGACCGAGAGCCCUUGCGAUGCUGCCAACGCCCCUGAAGAAUGCCCAGAGAACCUGGAGGUGGAAGACGCCGAAAACACCGACCAAAACCAUGAGGAUGCUAAAGAAACACGGAAUCAGCUCAAGGAGAAAGCUCUUGAGACCCUAGACGAGAAACAAAGGCUGAAGUAUAAAUCGUACGUCCAUCAGGUCCGUGAUGCUUAUCGUGAAGCGCACAAGGCAUUCCGCCUCAGUGAUGUUCGUCGGCAACGUCUUCAAGAAGCCCUUCGUAUGUAUGAAGGCAUGAAACGCUUCCACAACUACACCGUCUUCAAGUCCUUCACAGACCCUUCCGUCAAACGACACAUCAAAUCUUUCGUUGCCUCAGAGCCCUUCGAGAAGCAUGGUAGCGAAUGGAUAUCCCUGAAGGUUCACGGACAAUCAUUCAUGAUGCAUCAGAUCCGUAAGAUGGUCGGGAUGGCAGUUCUGGCGGUACGCUGUGGAUCACCUCUAAGUCUGCUUGAAGAUUCCUUCACGGAUGUACGACUAUCCAUACCCAAAGCACCUGGUUUAGGCCUAUUACUGGAACGGCCUGUAUUUGAGACUUACAACAACAAGCACGCCAAGGCGUAUGAUAAAGGCGCGAUCGACUUCAGCGCGUACGAGAAACCCAUUGAAGAGUUCAAGCAACAGUAUAUUUAUGAACAUAUCUGGCAUACCGAGGAGGAAAAGGGUGAGUUCCGUUCCUUCUUCAAGCACGUGGACUGCUGGACGGACAGAGAAUUUCUCUUCCUGAGCUCGAAGGGUGUAGAUGCUGUCAAAGGUCUUUAUGACAAGAAAGGCAAAUCGACACAGAAGCAAACAACGAAGGCAACACUCGACUCGGAUGAUGAAGGCGAUGCCGGCGACGGAUGA